GGUGAGGUGACCCUUCUGGCUUCCAGAGUGAACGUGCCAGCCUGAGUGAGAGCCAGAGACUGGUGAGGGGCUUUGAGCCUAGGCCUGAUGUCAGAGGCCAUGGACCAACCAACUGGAGGUCCUGGACACCCAAGGCCAGGAGCUGGCGAUGAUGGCAGCAUGGAGCCCAGCACCUGCCAGGAGCUUCUCCAUCGACUCCGGGAACUGGAGGCAGAGAACUCAGCACUUGCCCAGGCCAAUGAGAACCAGCGAGAGACUUACGAGCGCUGUCUGGAUGAGGUUGCCAACCAUGUGGUACAGGCACUGCUGAACCAGAAGGACCUGCGGGAGGAGUGCAUCAAAUUGAAGAAGAGGGUGUUUGACCUGGAACGGCAGAACCAGAUGUUGAGUGCCCUGUUUCAGCAGAAGCUCCAGCUCACGACGGGCUCCCUCCCCCAG